GCCACCACUACUUUGACCUUUAAUUUUCAUUAAUGGCGAACUCUAUCGAUGGCAACGUCCUUGCGGCGAAGUCACUUGCCAAGUUCGGUGUUCAGCACAUGUUCGGGGUCGUCGGAAUCCCAGUCACUUCCCUCGCCACGCGCUCAGUCUCCCUCGGAAUCCGCUUCAUCGCCUUCCACAACGAGCAAUCCGCUGGCUACGCCGCCUCUGCUUACGGCUACCUCACAGGUCGUCCCGGAGUACUCCUCACCGUCUCUGGCCCCGGUUGCAUACACGGACUCGCUGGUCUCUCCAACUCCGCGGCCAACACCUGGCCGAUGGUCAUGAUCUCCGGCUCCUGCGACCAGUCUGACGCUGGCCGUGGCGACUUCCAAGAACUCGAUCAGAUCCAAGCAGUUAAGCCGUUCUCUAAGUUCUCCAUCAAAGCCACCAAAAUUACGGAAAUACCCAAUUGCGUGGCCCAAGUUCUCAAUUGGGCCUUGUUGGGGCGACCGGGUGGCUGUUACCUUGAUCUUCCCACGGAUGUUUUACACCAGAAGGUAUCUCUCUCUGAAGCUGAGAAUUUGAUUACUGAAGCUGCUGAGAAAGUUUUUAACAGUGGUAACCAACUUAAUCAAAUUCGAAUUCCAAAUAAUGGUUUAGUCUCAGAGGCAGCCUCGCUGCUGAAAAAUGCAGCAAAACCGCUCAUUGUCAUAGGAAAAGGAGCAGCUUAUGCACGAGCAGAGGCUGCUCUUAAGAAGUUGGUGGAAACCACUGGCAUUCCAUUUCUACCCACCCCAAUGGGGAAGGGGGUGUUGCCGGAUACUCACGAUCUAGCUGCCACCGCGGCUAGGUCGCUUGCAAUUGGGAGUUGCGAUGUUGCCCUCGUUGUUGGGGCGAGGUUGAAUUGGUUGUUGCAUUUUGGGGAGCCACCAAAAUGGUCCAAGGAUGCUAAGUUUAUUCUGGUGGAUAUUAGUGAGGAAGAGAUUGAGCUGAGGAAACCUCGUUUAGGUUUGGUUGGUGAUGCGAAAACGGUUGUGGAGACUCUGAAUAAGGAGAUUAAGGAUGAUCCUUUCUGUUUGGCGAGGAACCACCCUUGGGUGGAAGCUAUAUGGAAGAAGUCUAAGGAUAAUGUGGCGAAGAUGGAGGCUCAGCUUGCUAAGGAUAUUGUGCCAUUCAAUUUCUUGACACCAAUGAGGAUCAUAAGAGAUGCAAUUCUUGGAGUCGGAAGCCCGGCUCCGGUGGUGGUGUCCGAGGGUGCAAACACGAUGGAUGUAGGUAGGGCUGUGUUGAUUCAGACAGAGCCCAGGACUAGGUUGGAUGCAGGGACUUGGGGGACCAUGGGGGUUGGCCUCGGUUAUUGCAUUGCGGCUGCAGUGGCUUGUCCCGAUCGACUUGUUGUUGCAGUUGAAGGGGAUUCUGGAUUUGGAUUCAGUGCCAUUGAAGUUGAGACAUUGGUUCGAUAUCAGUUACCUGUGGUAGUGAUUGUUUUUAACAAUGGAGGUGUAUAUGGUGGUGACCGGAGAACUCCCGAAGAGAUAAAUGGAGCUCACAAAGAUGAUCCUGCUCCGACUUCUUUUGUUCCUAAAGCAGGCUACCAUGCUUUGAUUGAAGCUUUUGGUGGAAAGGGCUAUCUUGUUGAGACACCUGAUGAACUCAAGUAUGCUCUUUCAGAAUCUUUCUCGGCUCGAAAACCGACUGUUAUCAAUGUUAUUGUUGAUCCCUACGCUGGUUCAGAGAGUGGGAGGCUGCAACACAAGAACUGAUUUACAGAUUAUCUGUAUUAUACCUAAAUUACGUUUUCUAUGAUUUUUGUUUUUAAAUUUUAAAUUUUAAUAACACAAAUUAUAUAAUCUUAUAGUUUUUUUAUGGUGUACCAUGAUAUGAUAAAGACAUAAACUAUAAAUGUAAAAUGUUUUAUGAUCAUAAUAAAUAUUGAAUGGUGAAACUGAAUCUCUAUUCCAACAA